AUGGGCUAUCGGGCUCUAGUUGAUGAGAAGGAGAGGCAUGAGAAGGCAGUGAUGAGGAAACGUGAGGGGGCGAGGCUGAUGGAGAAGACGAUUCACUCAGUGAUGCGUAACGUCGUCAGUGAUGCCUUGCGGCGGUUGUGCGUCUCAGUGGCUCGUCGAGCCCGUAGAGUGGGGGAGGUAUGCGACUCACCUAUGGAGGAGAAGAGUUACCGCGGUAGGGAGGAGACCGCCGAGGUCAGUGAGGAGGCUGACAAGGUCAGUGAGGAGACCGUGGAGGUCUGUGAGGAGACCACGGAGGCCAAUGAGGAGAUCGCCGAGGUCUGUGAGGAGACCACGGAGGCCAAUGAGGAGAUCGCCGAGGUCAGUGAGGGGACUGUCGAGGUCAAUGAGGAGACCACCGAUGACAGUGAGGGGACUGUCGAGGUCAGUGAGGAGACCGUGGAGGUCAGUGAGGGAACCGCCGAGGUCUGUGAGGAGACCACGGAGGCCAAUGAGGAGAUCGCCGAGGUCAGUGAGGGGACUGUCGAGGUCAAUGAUGAGACCGCCGAGGUCAGUGAGGGGACUGUCGAGGUCAGUGAGGAGACCGUGGAGGUCAAUGAGGAGACCGCCGAGGUCAGUGAGGAGACCGCCGAGGUCAGUGAGGGCACCACCGAGGUCAGUGAGGAGGCCGGCGAAAUUAGUGAGGAGGCUGACAGGGUCAGUGCUGAAGCGGAGAACGAGGAGAGAGUAUCAGCGGAAGGGCCGUUGAAAGGUGAUAACACGGAUGUACCCGGUAACGUCUUAGGAUCACCACAUCCCUCUUUUAAUGAGACUAUGACGGCCAUUGGUGAGAGGGUCUCCCAGCUGUCUUCUCAAUCGUCAGUGGAUACUCUCAAAUCUAACCCCAGCCUCACAGCCGAGGCCCCUACGGAGCUCAAAUGGGGAGUUGAAGAGGGAGAGAUGAGAACAGCGAGUGGCGCAAAUCUCGAGACUCGCGAGGACAUUGACUACUCAUCGGCAAAGGAAAUCUCUCGACAUAUUGUGGCGGAAUUGGGUCGGCUUGAGGUAUCGGUCUUCGAUACGGCACAUGAGCAGCAGCAGCAGCAGGAGGAGGAGGAGGAGGAGCUUGCUGUCACUGAGGAGGCCGCAUCCUUCUGUCGGCAGUUGUCGGCGGUCGGUGAUGUUGUGGAGGAGUUUGAUGGUGGUGUGCGGUCUGAAGAUGUUCGAGUAUUAGGGUUGAGCAAGCAAGAUACAGAAGAGGCCCAGUCGAGGUCCGAAAGUGAGCGUGGCAAGCAAGCUGAUGGCAGUCCAUCCCCCUGUGAAGAGCUGACGUCGCCUAUACAGCAACCUGCAGUCAGCACAGUUUCCAACCCGUCCAUCCUUCGGCAUGACAAUGAUGAACAUUGGCCGGCCCAAGUCGAGAGCCCCGAGUCAUGGAAGACAUUCAGUGGGGCCGGGAGGAAAUCAUUGACGACCGUUGAGGAAAUGCAAGAUGGCAAGUUUGAGAAGAAAGUCGCUCUUCAGAAGCACUUUGAAAUUCCUCCGUUGCCACUCCAGCGAGUCACGAGGACUAGCCGGAAGGUGGUACGGCUCCCCCCUCCCACAAGAGAUUGGGAAACUAUCGAGUUUACAGACUCGUCACCAGAAUGA